AUGUUCGCCAGACGUUGCUCGAGACUCGUGGCCUCGCAGACUGCCCGGCCGCUGCAGUCGUACGUCUCCCGCUUCUACUCUACCGGAUCUCCAGCGUAUGAGUACAUCUUGACAUCCAACCCUAAGCCCGGUGUCGGUCUAAUUACCCUUAACCGACCAAAGGCCCUCAAUGCCUUGUGCAGCCCGCUCUUCAAGGAGCUCAACGACGCCCUCACCAAGUAUGACGAUGAUAAGAGCAUUGGUGCUAUAAUCAUCACUGGCAGCGAGAAGGCAUUCGCAGCUGGCGCCGACAUCAAAGAAAUGGCACCUCUGACCUUCUCCUCCGCAUACUCUGACAAUUUCAUCGCGUCAUGGUCACAUCUUGCCAAUACCAUCCGGACACCCGUCAUUGCUGCUGUCUCUGGAUACGCUCUUGGAGGAGGCUGCGAGCUGGCCAUGAUGUGUGAUUUCAUCUACUGCACCGACAAGGCUACCUUUGGCCAGCCCGAGAUCAAGCUCGGCACCAUUCCUGGAGCUGGUGGCUCUCAGCGCCUAACCAAGCUUGUUGGCAAGAGCAAGGCAAUGGAACUUAUCUUGACUGGAAAGAACUUCAGCGGAAAAGAGGCUGGAGAGUGGGGAGUCGCCGCUAAGGUCGUCGAGGGAGGCAAGGAUGAGCUGAUGGAGGCUGCUCUCGAGACUGCCAGCACCAUUGCUAGCUACAGCCGUGUUGCUGUCGUUGCUGCCAAGGAGGUUGUUAACAAGAGCCAGGAACUCUCGUUGAAGGAAGGUGUGGAGUUCGAGAGGAGAAUGUUCCACGGGCUAUUCGGUAGCAAAGAUCAGAAGAUCGGAAUGACCGCUUUCGCCGAGAAGAAGAAGCCAGAGUGGUCGCACGAGUGA